UGUGAUAAAGGCAGCUGAACUUUAAAUAGAUUUAGAAUCAGUGCAUUUCAGAAAUGGUUGUGAGAUGAUUUUCUUUCUUUUUUUUCCUUUUGUUUUUCUCUUUAGAAUGCAAGAAGUGGAGAAACUACAAUGUUUAUAUUCUAAUCUUAUUCAAAAGUAUUUUGGCACUUGGAAGCCGAAUAUUCUCCUUCUGGAGUCAUUAUAUAUUGGAAUUGUCUAAGGCUUUGUAAAACUUGCCCAGCAGGUGAACAUGGAGACACAACUAGACCCCAUGAAGGAUGACUUGCCCUUAAUGGCAAACACUAGCUACAUGCUUGUAAAGCACUAUGUAUUGGACUUGGAUGUGGAUUUUAAAAGUAAAGUUAUUGAAGGCAGCAUAGUUUUGUUCUUUGAGACUGGGAGCCAGUACAAGAAAACCAGCAGUGCUGGCAAGGAAUCCUGCCAGUCGCAGUUUGAUGAAACCUGUAAAAUGAGGGCAUCUGAAUCCUGCCACAUUCCUAUGAUAAAUGUGAGUACUAAUUCAUCUAAAAUGGAAUAUAAUGAUUUUGCUGUCAGUGGUAAAGAAGAGAAAGCUACUUCUGAUGAAAAUAGUAACCAUAGCAACAAUGAACAGGCUUCUGGGAUUUCUAGUUCAAAGGACUGCUGUGACAUAGAGAAUCAUGGAAACAAGGAUUUUCUGCUGGUAUUGGAUUGCUGUGAUUUAUCUGUGCUGAAGGUUGAAGAGGUAGAUGUUGCUGCUGUGUCAGGCAUUGAAAAAUUUACAAGGUCUGCCAACCUAACUGGUGUUUCAAAGGAGCUGGAAAAUCUCAGGAAUCAGAUUGUACAUGAACUUGUGACUUUACCUGCAAAUUGCUGGAAGGAACAGCUAAACUAUUUUACUCACUGUAGCCAGGCACCUGGUUGUGGGGAGCUUCUGUUUAGUACUGGCACCUGGAGCUUGGAGAUAAGGAAAUCAGGAAUUCAGACUCCAGCAGACUUUCCCCAUGCAAUAAGAAUAUGGUACAAAACCAAACCAGAGGGAAGAUCUGUUACAUGGACCACAGACCAGAGUGGCAGGCCAUGUGUUUAUACGAUGGGAUCACCAAUAAACAACAGGGCCCUCUUCCCAUGCCAAGAACCACCCAUUGCCUUGUCAACGUGGCAAGCCUCAGUCCGAACAGCUGCAGGCUUUGUUGUGUUAAUGAGUGGUGAAAACUCAGCAGAACCAGUCCAGCUUCAAGAAGGUAUCUUGAGCUGGUACUACUAUGUGUCUAUGCCAAUGCCAGCAUCCACCUUCACGAUUGCUGUGGGGUGCUGGCAGGAAGUUAAACAGCAGUCCUUCAAGCAAACAGCUGCUACUGAAAUAAACACUGAGUGUUCCUUGCCAUCAUGCCAAACUGAUUUCAGAUGGCAUGAAGAAAUCUGUGGUCAUGUGGAAUAUCCCUGCCGUUUCCAAAAUCCUGCUGCCAGGUUGCAGGCAGUAAUUCCUCACAGAGUCUUUGCUCCCUGGUGCCUUAUGGAAAGCUGCGAAGAAUAUUUGCUUCAGCUAAUUCCUCAGUGCCUCUCAGCUGCUUAUGCCACACUGGGUACCCACCCCUUUUCCAGGCUUGAUGUUCUGAUAGUUCCUUCCAACUUUUCCAGCCUGGGAAUGGCUAGCCCACACAUCAUCUUUCUGUCACAAAGUGUACUGCCAGGAGGAAGCCAUCUCUGUGGAACACGUCUGUGCCACGAAAUUGCUCAUGCUUGGUUUGGACUUGCCAUUGGUGCUCGUGAUUGGACAGAAGAGUGGAUAAGUGAAGGGUUUGCCACUUUUUUAGAAGAUAUAUUUUGGUCUAGGGCACAACAGCUGUCACAUGAUGAAAAGAAAGGGCAACAGGAAUUGAAAGCUUUACUACGCUGGCGCCGGCUUAGAGAUGAGGUGCAAAACUCUGAAGAAGAGCUGCAAGUUUUAAGGCCCAAAAAGGAGAGCACAGGAGAACUGAGUGAGUCUGGAGCCUCUGUUGUCAAAUAUGGUCUUAAAGCAGAAAAAAUCUUCAUGCAGGUUCACUACUUGAAGGGUUAUUUUCUUUUACGAUCUCUGGCAAGGACAAUAGGAGAGGUCUCAUACCUUGCAUCUUUACGGAAAUUUGUUGUUAAGUUCCAUGGGCAGCUCGUCCUUUCUCAGGAUUUUCUUAGCAUGUUAUUGGAAGACAUUCCUAAACAAAAAGGGUCUGGGUUAACUGUAGAAAGUAUCUUCCAGGACUGGCUUGAUACUUCUGGAAUACCAAAGCUUCUCCCUGACCAGCUGGUCUUACUUCUGGAGUCCCUCUUGGAGGAGAAGACAUUGUGUCCUAGGAUACUGCAGUGCUUGGAGAGAACAUACAGGCUCCGGGAGCAAGAUGCUGAGGUUCGUCAUCGGUGGUGUGAACUCAUCAUUAAACACAAAUAUGAGCCUGGGUAUGGAGACAUUGAGAGAUUCCUCAGAGAGGAUCAGGCUAUGGGUGUGUAUCUCUAUGGUGAAUUAAUGGUGAACGAAGAUGCAAAACAACAAGAACUUGCACGGAAAUGCUUUGCUGCAGCACAAGAACAUAUGGAUGCAUCCUCAGCCAAAGUGGUGGCAGAGAUGUUGUUCUGAAAAGGUGAUUUUUCCUUUUAAACCUAACACCCUGAUUUUACUUCAUAUAGAAAGAAUAUGCAGAGCUCAUUGAACGUGGUAAAUUCUGGCAUACCAAUACAGGCUGUGGCUACUUAGGCUGAGAAAUAACUCUUGUUGCAUAUCUUGUUGGCUUGUUUUUUUUUUCUUUUCCUUAAGCCCAGCUGC